AUGAAGAUCUGUGUCGCUAUUUUACUUUCAACCAUUUGCUUCGUUAAUGGGUUCAGCACAAAACGAUGCCUUCUAUUUAAUAAAAAAUGCGUAUCCCAUUGUCCACGUAACAUGCAUCCAUAUCACACACGAUGUGAUGGAGAGACGAUGUCGCAACGCACUUGCGAUGACCCUAAUAUCUAUGUUAUAGGCUACACGUGCGGAUGGUCUCGAUGUGAUUGCAACGCUGAUUUGGCCCUUGAUGAAAAUACAGGAGACUGUGUGCCAUACAACAGUUGCCCGCUAGACAUGCCUCGUGCCAGAGGUGUCUCCGAAUGUCCGGAACAUAUGCACCGUGUAAACAGCGAAUGUCGACCGACACCGUCGCAGCGGAGUUGCGACGAACCAGUCGCAAUAUCUAUGGGGAUCAUUUGCGGCUGGUCGCGAUGCGAUUGCGACUUCCCAUUCGUUCUACACUUGCCUUCAGGCUACUGCUUCUUGUACGAAGAUUGUCCGUGA